GGUGUCUACUGUUUGCAGAGACCAAGCUCUGGAAAGUGUCAUUUGGCAAAGAGAAGAAAUGUCGUCUCCGGCCCUUUGGGAAACGUUUGAGAACUUUCAGGGAGCCCUGGAGAGAGGCGGACCAGGGGAACUCCGGCUGAUCCUGGUCGGGAAGACCGGAGGCGGGAAGAGCGCCACGGGCAACACCAUCCUUGGCCAGAAACUGUUCAAGUCCGCCCUGGUGGCAACGACGACCACCCUGAAGUGCCAAAGAGGGCAGGGAAGCUGGCAUGGCAUGAAGGUUUCCGUGGUCGACACACCAGCCAUUUUUGAUUCCGAAGACUGCAAUGAGAUUGUGCGACGUGAGGUCAUGUCUUGCAUUGAGCUCUCCUGGCCUGGCCCCCACGCCCUGGUUUUAGUGACCCAGGUGGGGCGCUUCACCGCGGAAGACGCGGCGGCUGCAAAGCACGUCCAGGAUAUCUUUGGGGCAGAGUCCGCCAGGCACACGAUCGUCCUCUUCACCUGCAAGGAAGAUUUGGGAGGGGACCCCCUGCAGGAGUACGUCCGAGAGUCCGACAACAAGGCUCUGCGGGCCCUGAUCCAGCAGUGCGGGAAUCGCUUCUGCGGGUUUAACAACAAGGCCGAGGGAGCCGAGCGGGAGGAGCAGGUCUCUGAGCUGAUGGAGAAGGUGGAGCAGAUCAUUUCGGAGCGCGGAGGGAGCUGUUACACCAACUGGCUGUACUUGGAGCCCAACUUGCGGGAUGAAGAUGUCAGGGUGUUCAUAAAUAGGAACAAAACGGCCCGGAGAAAGGCAGAGGGAGGUUGGAAGCAGAAUCAAAUCUUACUCGGUGGUGGGUUUCUUGCAGUAACUUUUCUUUUGAUUAUUAUUGUGAUACGCUUUGAAUCCCCAUCAUCCUGUGCGGCUUGUCUGGAUAUGGCUGGAAGCGUCCAAGAGUCUGAACUCCAGAUCGUCCUUGUUGGCAAAACGGGAAAUGGGAAAAGUGCAACGGGAAACACAAUCCUGGGAACUAGAAUCUUUAAAUCUAAGAUGGGUCCUACUUCAGUAACAAUAAAAUGCGAAAGGGCAGAGAAAAGGCACUAUGGCAGGAAUAUUGUAGUUGUUGACACACCUGGGUUUUUUGACACACAUCGUUUGACAUCGGAUGUAGCCUCUGAAGUUAAAAGAUGUGUGCAGCUGUGCUCCCCAGGUCCCCACGUCAUCGUUCAAGUUCUUCGUCCGGGUCGUUUCACUGGGGAGGAGAAGGAGGUCGCUCAGUUCAUCACAAAUAUUUUCAGCCUUAAAGCCAAGGCCUACCUGAUCAUGUUGUUCACCCAGAAAGAUGACCUGGACGAUACAUCCAUUGAAGACUUCAUAAAAGAGGCCGAUGAAGAUCUGCAGCGGCAAAUUAAGGACUGUGGGUACCGGUUCCUGGCUUUCAACAACAAGGCCAAAGGGGAGGAACAAGAGGCUCAGGUCGAUGGAUUGAUUCAGAUGAUUGAUGACCUGGUGAGAACCAACAGAGGUGCCCCCUGUUACACUGAAGAGAUGUUUAAGGAAGACAAAAAGAACAGCAAGUCCGGCUGGCUCUGCACCCUGUUGUAGCCGAGAGCAGAGCUCCCUCCGGUUCACGGUCUGAGGAUCUUCUCACCCACUGACCUGCUGACCCGCUUGCGGUGAUGGAAACCUCGCAGAAACCCUCCCGGCUGCUCCGUCCAGAGAGAGACAGUGUCCAAGGAAGGCCCAGCAAGCUCUUCCCGCCGGCCCAUCUUCGAUUCGGAUGCAGAGCGCAGCAGCUCAAAUCAGUGCACGGCGGCCGCAACGUGGCAGCAGGACACGACGUGUCAGACGCGCCUCCCCAGCCUGGACACUUUGGAUCCUGGAGGCGCCAGUUCCAGCCCUGCCAGCCCAGCCAAAAUGGCAUCCGUCCCAAAGCCAGACUUUCCAGGACGCUGCAGACCCUUCUGUGCCCGUAGCCUGUGCAGAGGCCGCUGGGUCGGAGGGCCUCUGCCCUCACACAGGUCCUGCUGCUUGCCUUUCACGGUUGUGGGAAGAGCAGCGCCCACGCUUGAAUAAACGCGGUAAAAGAGAAA